AUGCCACUCAAUCUCAAGAACCCUGACCGUCCCAUCCAUGUUGGUGUGAUUUUGAUGGGCGUCACUGAGGUGCUAGACGUUGCACCCAUUGACUUAUUACAUGGCUUGACCAAUAAUUUUAUGGAAGCCUGGUCCCUUCGAGACAGUUACAAAGCCAAAGGUCUGGAUAUGGAAUUCCAUUGGGUCACUCAGAACGGAACACCUGGGCAAUUGACGAGUGGCAUAAAGAUCGAGGCGACCGAUUCCUUUGAGACAUGCGCCAAACUAGACAUUGUUCUGAUCGGAGCCUAUGCUCCUGGAUACAGCCCGACCGAGGCCGAACUAGCGUUCAUUCGUCAGGCGUACGAACACAGCUCGGCAUUUAUAACUAUCUGCGGAGGGUUCGUACCCGCACAGUUGGCAGGCGUCCUUGUCGGUCAUACGUGCACGGCGCCACGGUCCAUGAUUCCAAAGCUUCAAAAGGAGGAUCCCAGGACCACCUGGGUUGAGAAACGUUACGUGAGGGAUGGGAAACUUUGGUCCAGCGGAACUCUGCUGAACGGAUUAGAUUUGAUGAGCAACUUUUGUCUCGAGUAUUGGCCGGAGCUGGCAGAGACGCUCAUCCCACUGAGUGGAUUGCCCGAGAGAAGCAUUGAUUAUUAG